AUGACUUGGCAGAUACUGUUGCUCGUCUCUUUGGCUAUUAGUUGUUCUGAUGGACAUAUCCUCGUGGAUUCAGUUUUUGAUCAGAUAAAAGAAGAUAUUAUUAGGCUACAGCAAGACUAUAAUGCAAGUCAAUCUGAUGUCGCUGAGGGUAAACCUAUUUUCAUAAACAAACUGUAUGAUAACCUGUGGUCAGAGGGCAAAGAAAAAAAGAUCUUACUUGCACAGAUAAUUUCCAUAUAUGGGAAGAUGUUGAAAAAUUCAACCAAUAUUGGAACUGCUAAACACAUCUGGAACGUACUAGAAGCCCUGGAAAUCUAUAAAACAAAAUACAACGAGAGCUUAAAGAAAGCAACAGAUAUAAUUGAAUUGGCAAAGCUUCCGAUCAGUGAUUUCAAACUCCAGCGGAAGGCAGUAGUUGAACUGUACCGAGUUUUACAGGAAGUGAACAAAGAAGAGAACCAGAGGAAAAGGAGAAGCAAGAAACCCAGUCCCCAACUCCUGCAGCGACUCCGGCAAAAUUAUAGAGGCUAG